AUGAAUCAGCUGCCAGACAACAAGAAUUAUCUGAAUCUAAUCGGAGGUCUGCUGUAUGUAUCGCCAAGACGAGGCCGGAUAUCCAUUCCGGCACAAAAAUCGAGCUAUCCAAAUCAGCAAGAUUGGAACAAGGCGAAACGAGUAUUGCGUUACAUAUCAAUAACAAGUGACCACAAGCUGCACCUAGGUUCAUCUGAUGAUGGGCUACAAAUGUUCGUUGAUGCCGACUGGGCCGGAAAUAACCGAGAUCGGAAAUCAAACUCCGGUUACCUACUACUAUUAGCAGGCGGUGUCAUUACAUGGAGCUCCAGGAAGCAGAGUUGCGUGGCAUUGAGUUCCACCGAAGCGGAAUUCGUUGCACUUGCCGAAGGGUGCCAAUAG